AUGUUCUCCCGCCUCAAUCAAGUGGCACGUCACCUAAGCCGUCCUCUACCAAACUACUUGCAUCAAUCCGCAGCAGCUGCAACUAGCAGACUCACCAGCAACCCUACAAUCAUGGCACAGGCAAACAACAAGCGCACUAUCAACACUGCGGCAUGUCUGAUUAUCGGUGAUGAGGUUUUGGGUGGAAAGACCGUCGACACCAACAGUGCUUACCUCGCCAAGUUCUGCUUCAGCCUAGGCAUCAACCUUAAGCGCAUCGAAGUUAUCGGUGACGAGGAGUCCGAGAUUGUGGAAGCCGUUCGUCGCAUGUCUUCAAACUAUGACUUCGUUGUCACUUCUGGUGGUAUCGGUCCCACUCACGACGACAUUACCUAUCAAAGCAUUGCCAACGCCUUCGAUCUACCCUUGGUACUUCACGAUGACACUUUCUCACGCAUGAAGCGCUUGAGCAGACCUCACCCUAACCAGCCCAACUUUGACUGGAACACCCCAUCACCCGCACUGGAAGCCAAGAAGCGCAUGGUGAUCUUGCCGUACGACAAAAACCUGUCGAGCGAGGAGCAAGUCGUCUUCACAGCUGACGACCUCUGGGUACCUGUCGCCGUCGUCAAUGGGAAUGUUCACAUCCUGCCUGGUGUACCUAGACUGUUCGAGCGCAUGCUCACCGGCUUGAAGCCAGGACUUCUUCCUAGAUUGACCGACCCCGAGGGCAAAGGUGUUUACCGAAUUAUUAUUUCGACACCCCUGCCUGAGAGUGGAGUUGCAUCUUACUUGACUGAGCUGGCGAAGAAGGUCGAGCCUGAAGGUAUCAAGGUUGGAAGUUACCCGAGAUGGGGUAAGGCGAGAAACACUGUCACUCUGGUAGGCAGAAACAAGGAGUACAUGGACAGCCUCGUUCCCGAGGUUGAGAAGGGUGUCCAGGGCAAGCGUGUCACAAAGGAAGGCGAGGAUGACGUUGAUGGCGAGUCUGACAAGGACACUUGA